AAUCGGCUUCCAGUCAAUAAAUCAAAGUUUAUUGCCUAAGCGCCCGCGAAGUAUUUAUUUAUUUACGUUUAGCCGGAGAGGGCAAGUACUCUUCUAUGGAAGAGAGCCAGGCUACUUCUGGUGGAACCCACUAUUCUUGGUGUCAGUCACCUAUUAACCACCAAGCAAAUCGUAUCGCCGAAAAAACGUCGCUAGCCCGUGAUCCUCAUUAUCGAACCCGUUUGUUAUUGUUUUUGACAUUUGGAAGCUAUUUGCACACCAAAACGAAUCGAGUUUGGCCGAUAUUCUAAUCGAAUCACAAAUCAAGAUCUCGAAGAGUGAUUAAAACAUGCGCGGCGCCUUCAUGGGUUACUACCUAAAAAUACUCUUGGUCAUUUGCGCUGUCCACGAAAUGGCCGGCGGAACAAUCAAGUCAACUAGAGAUGCCGUCUACAAAAAAUACUUGUCCUUCAGAUCUCUACCCUUCGAAGACUGCGGUUCUUUGUACCAGGUCAGCUACCUGGAGAUCGAGAGCUGUACGACACUGCCUUGCUCCAUGGCCCGAAACGCGACCAUUAAGGUUACUGUUCGCUUCGAUGAUAAUGGUAACGGUGUAACUUUUCUCAAACACGAAGUUCGAUGGGUGUUUAACUAUAUCAAGACCCAGGCGGCCAUAAGUCCCGAUCCUUGCGACGGGGACCAUGGAUGUAUAGAGAGUGCCAGUGAUGGUAAGGCGUAUUGGGCGAACAUCUUCGUAAACGAAACUCUUCCGGUGAUGAAAGGCAGCAUGUUGUGGGAAUCCAAGGAUGCGAACGAUCAGAACCUAAUCUGUUUUCAGGUUCCCGUUGUAAUCACAGUGUAAAUGUGUAAUCACGAAAAUAAAGUAAUUGGUGCAUGCAAAUCAACAGACCAAUGUGUGGGUGUGCGUGCGUGUGUGCAUCCUUUAAUGAAA